AUGUUUAAUGAAAUAGAAGGAGAGUACGAUGAUGUGGUCAUUAGCACUUUCAAGGCUGGUCUUCCAGCCGAGCAUGAUUUGAGGAAAUCUCUAACUGGUAAACUUGUUACUAGUGUACGCCAAUUGAUGGAUCAGAUUGACAAGUCGGACCGGUACAAUAAUAACCGACCUCGGAAAGACUUUGUUGGGCAGUCAGGAUCUGCUAACACCCAGGCGGUUAACGCUGUGUUUCGAGAGCCAGUGCAACAAGUACUAGAGAAGAUUAAGAAUGAGCCGUUCUUCAAAUGGCUAAACAAGAUGGAAGGAGAUCCUAUGAGAUGCAACCAGAGCCUUUAUUGCCACUAUCAUCAUGAUCAUGGACACACAACUGAGGAUUGCAGAAAUUUAUGGGACCAUUUGGACCAAUUAGUCCGAGAAGGGAAGUUGAAGCAACUCUUGCAUCAUUCCAGUGGUCGGGUAAGCCAAGCGGGCUUAGAGCUUCGGGGAGAUGCUUCUUCAAGACUCCCCAUUGGCACAAUAAACUUUAUUUUUGCUGCCCCGAGGAGGACUGGAUCUUGUCCUUCCAGGGUAAUGUCGAUAUCCCGUUCUCCAGUCGAUGAGCCUAGCUCAAUGCCUAAGAGAGCCAAGAUGGGCAUCCCGUUAGUGUUGGGUUUUUCAGAUGAGGACAAAGUUGGAACCAUACAGCCCCAUGAUGAUGCUCUUAUGGUUACGCUGAGAAUUGGUGAGUACGAUGUGAAAAGGGUGAUGAUUGACCAAGGCAGUGCUGCUGACAUAAUGUACCCUGACUUGUAUAGGGGGCUAAAUUCGAAACCUAAGAACUUGACGGCCUACAGUUCUCCUCUGACCUUGGCUUCAUACCCUGGGGGUCGUCUCCUCUACUCUACACCAGAAGAUGAAGUACCCAUCCGGAGACCAAGUUUUGGAGAUAGUAGGAAGUCAAACUACAGCCCGACAAUGCCUGGUAGCGGCUAUCCAACAUCAGCCUGA